AUGGUUUCAUAUGUUGAUAUGAGUCUGGAUGAUAUAAUACAAAAAAAGAAAAAGGAAACUGUUAGGAACACAUUUAAAAACAAAAAACAGUUACCAGUAAAAAAGAAAACUAUCAUGGAUGCAAGAAACAAAAUAAUAUCUAAAAAACGAACUCAAAUCACAGAUGCCAGAGAAAAAUUAGGCGAACUUGCUAAGCAAAAAGAUGCACGAUUAAGAUUGGAGCAAUUAAGAGCCAAAAGGGCCGUGACCAAGUUGCAGAGUGGCUUCAUUUCUCAUAAACACGGGAGGCCCAAUAAGCAAUUUGCUAUGAAAGAAAGAGUGUUUACAGACCCAUCAAGACAAGUUGCCUAUCAACCACUCGCACCAAAGUUUGUGAAAAAGAAUGUCUUUAAUAAAAGAUUUGUAGGAGAGAGACCAAAUGAACCAAGAAAUUUUGGUGAUGCUAAAUGCAGAGUCAAACCUAUUAUAAGGACUGUUGAAAACGAUAUUGCAAUAAUUGAUGAUCCACUCGAGAAAAUGUGUGAGCCUAUAGGAAUGUCACUAACAAAUAGGAAAGCUAGUCUACAAUUGAAAAUAGUCACACAUAAUAGUGAUGCACACAGGACAGCUACAAUAGAAAAAGAGAAAAGCCCACCGAGACCUCCGUCUAUAUUAAAGAAAAGGCCGAUGGCUGCCUUGCGUACUGAAAAUAAAGUUGAAAAGCCUGAAAAAUCUAAUCAUGAGUACAGAAUCAUUGUUAGCAAUUUAAGAAACACUGUAACCGGAGGUGACAUUGAGGAAUUGUUUGGUGAUGUCGGUGGUAUGGUAGAAUCUCGACUAGUAAGACCUGGCACAGCAGAAGUUAUAUACAAGACUGUUCAAGACGCCCAAAAAGCUGUGGAACUCUAUCACAACAGACAGCUAGAUGGUCAGCCCAUGACAUGUCUUCUCGUCACACCAAGACCUAACACUGUACUGAGGAACACAGGCAAACCAGCAUUGUACAGCACCAACUCGAAUGUUGUUCCAGACAUAUCUACCUUCCAUAAAGUCUUGUUUAGCAGCUUCUAA